AUGAUAUUUAACAGAUUAAUAAAUAAAGGAAAAGCUACUACCACUUGCCGUGUGUGUAGAAAAAAUUACAGUGAUAUAUUACCACUUAGUGAAACCAAAAUUAUAAGAAAUAACCAAAACACCUCAGAUAUUAAAAACGAUGUGGGAAAGUGUAACUCUUCUGGCGAAUUCAGAGUUAAUGAUGUUAACAUACAAAUGAUAUCGAAAAAUGUAUACGAUCAGCUGUUUCAUGGGGACUGUACCAAUGUUGAUUCAAAUAUUAUCAAAAGUUGUCAAGACCAUUUGAUGAAACAUGGAAUAGAUUACAACAACUACAAUAAGCUUCCUGAUGUUCAGUUACGCCUUCCAAAACUUGAAGGGAAAGACAUUGUUGAGCAUUUUCAUAAUAUUGGUGAGAAGCAAUGUGCUCCUUAUAGAUCAUUACUGCAUAAAUUGGCUGCUAGUAGGCUACCUGAACUACCUAAGAAAUGGUCUAAAUGUCAAGGAUGGACUAAAUAUACACCAGAAGGACCUGUGUCAAUUCCGUGCCCCCCUGAUGAUGCUCUUAUAUUUGACGUUGAAGUCCUUAUGUCUGCUGGAAAGAGGCCGACGCUGGCUUGCGCUGUUUCCCCUGAAACAUGGUUUAGUUGGGUCAGUGAACCCCUCGCAAAAGGUGAAGGUCAUCAGCAAUACAGUGAAUUGAAGUAUGAUCACCUGAUACCACUCGAGACUGAUAGAUUUACCCCUUAUGGAGACUUAACGAGACCGAGAAUUAUCGUAGGUCAUAAUGUGUCUUAUGAUAGAGCUAAGAUAAAGGAACAGUAUUGGUUGGAAAGGACAGGUGUACGUUUUAUGGACACAAUGUCAAUGCAUACCUGUGUGAGUGGAGUAACAAGUUACCAACGAACAGUGCUGAAGGCUAAGAACAAGGAACCGGAUCCUAGUGAUGAUGACUGGAUUGAAAUCAGUUCUCUUAAUAGUCUUAGUGAGGUACAUAAACUCUACUGCGGAGUACAAAUAGACAAGCAAACCCGUGAUAUAUUUGUAGAAGGGACUAUGGAUGAUGUUAUCCAAAAUUUUGAGACACUGAUGAAUUACUGCGCUGGUGAUGUAGUAGCUACGCAUAAUGUACUCGGACAGCUAUUUCCGAUGUUCCUGGAACGGUUUCCGCAUCCCGUGACUUUGGCUGGAAUGUUAGAACUAGGGUCAGCAUACUUACCCGUUAAUUCGAACUGGACCCAAUACAUAGACUCAGCUGAAACAGUAUUCAACGACUAUAAAUUAGAGUCACGACAAAUACUGUCUCUUAAAGCGGACGAAACCUGCCGGUUGAUGGAAAAUGAAGCUUAUAAGCGUGACCUGUGGAUGUGGGACCAAGACUGGUCGACGCAAACCUUGAAACUUAAAAAGACAAGUACAAAAGCUAAACAUACCCCAGAGGCAACAAUCGAAGUCACUAGUCAAGAAAAAACAAAAAUAAACUCAGAUAUAUUAUCAACCGAAUAUAUAGACAGUCUAGAAUGUGAAAAUAGCGAAGUGAAUAGAAAUAUAGAUAUAUUGACGAAGAAGUUUCAAUACCUGUAUGAUUUGAAGAGUUCGCUGCCGGUGAAAAGACCAUAUUUGGCGGGAUAUCCAGCUUGGUACAGAAAGCUAUGUACAAAACCUGGAAAGGGCCCUGAUUGGACUCCAGGUGCUAAUAAUAUUACUACAAGUAUGCAGAUCACUCCAAAAUUACUUCGGCUGUCAUGGGAAGGUUAUCCACUCCAUUACAUACAAGGAGAGGGGUGGGGCUUUUUAGUGCCUUAUAGUAGAGACCGAGGGGAGGUACAAGAAGGGGAGCCUCUUAUUCCAUUAGAAAAAUUACUAGAAACUUGCCCUAUGGUAACAUGCAAAAACACCGAAGUAGAUACAGAGGGAUAUAUCCUGCCUAAGACUGUAGAAGAAGACUUAUCGAAACGGGCGUAUUAUGCAAGGAAGAGAAAAAACGAGCAAGCUGCGGCUAAUCAGUAUCACGGGUUGGGUGUCUGGACUGGCCUUGAAAUACAAGGGUGUUGCCAUUUCCUUCGCUUGCCACACAAGGAUGGACCAAAGUACAAAGUAGGCAACCCAUUAGCAAGAGAUUUCUUGAAUAUGUUCAGCCAAAACGUAUUAUCAGCGCAAGGGAAUGAAGCCGAAAAGGUGUUAACGUAUGGGCGCAUGAUGUCGUAUUGGCGCAACAAUCGAGAGCGAGUAAUGGGACAACAAGUAGUUUGGUUGCCGAAGCAAUUCCUGCCUGAACACUUGCGCGAUACAUUGCGCAAAUACGGAGCGAUUGUGCCACAAGUGGUUGUGUGUGGGACGUUAACGAGACGGGCUAGCGAACCAACUUGGAUGACAGCGAGCAAUGCACAGGCUGAACGGAUAGGGUCUGAGUUACGUGCCAUGGUCCAAGCUCCACCGGGAUAUUGUUUCGUUGGUGCCGAUGUCGAUUCGCAGGAAUUAUGGAUAGCAGCUUUACUGGGAGAUAGCAGUCUUGGUGUGUGCGGUGGUACCGCGUUUGGUUGGGCUGUACUAGCCGGAGAUAAACGAGCGCGCACGGAUUUGCAUUCUCUAACUGCCACCGCCGCUAAUGUUAAUCGCGACCACGCGAAAGUCAUCAACUAUGCAAGAAUAUACGGCGCCGGUCAAAAUUUCGCCGAACGUCUAUUGAAACAGUUCAACCCCACCAUGACGAUAUCGGAAGCUAAAAGCAAAGCUGCGAAAAUGUUUACAACGACUAAAGGCAAGCGAGUCUACACUUUGAAGAAACAAUACACAGAUGGAUUACUAGAUGAUGACACAGGUAGCGAGAAAGUAGAAAUGCCAGCAUACCAAGCGAUGCGCCUUGCUAAACUUAGUGGGAAGCAAUUGGAUGAGAUGUUCGAACGAGCGCGUUGGGUGGGCGGAACUGAAUCUCACAUGUUCAACAAAUUAGAAGACAUUGCUGACUCCCCGGCACCUCGAACCGCGUUCUUGGAAGGUCGGUUGUCUCGUGCGUUGGAGCAUAUGGGAGGCAGAUGGGCAAGCACAAGGCUCAAUUGGGCAGUGCAAAGCGCAGCAGCGGAUUUUCUUCACCUCAUGUUAGUCAGUAUGACGCAUGAAGCACCAAAGGCUAGAUUCUGUUUAAGUUUUCAUGAUGAAGUACGUUACAUGGUACCGGAAAAAUACAAAUAUAAAACGGCCCUUGCUUUGCAAAUAACAAACCUAUUUACGAGAGCAUUCUGUUCACAAAGAGUGGGCAUCAAAGACCUGCCGCUGUCUGUUGCAUUUUUCACGUCUGUGGAAGUAGAUAGGGUGUUGAGAAAGGAAGCAAACUUAAAUUGUGCGACACCUUCAAAUCCUCACGGAUUAGAAAAUGGAUAUGGUAUUCCUAACGGCGAAUCUUUAACAAUAUUUAAUGUUCUCGAAAAGUAUUUUUUCAAACUGCAUGUGACAAAUGCAAAAUACCGCGUAAACAUGUCGAAAGUUACGAAAAGAAAACACGUUAUGAAUGAAGCUUUAUGGGACGAUUACGAAUUACCGAAAGACAAUCAGAACAUUGUUAAAGUUUUGAGAAGUAGAGGCAAUAACUUACAUGAGGUUACCAACCCAACUGGAGAUGAAUUCCUUGUGUCAAUGCCCACUAAAUUCCGAAAAAAUAUCUGGGUUAAAAGAGGAGACUACAUUCUUAUUGAGCCCAUCCGUGAAGGUGAUAAAGUGAAAGCAGAAAUAGUGAAAAUAAUGAAUAAGGACUCUAUUAAAUACUACAAAGAGAAUAACAUAUGGCCUAAAGAGUUUGAUAAUGACAAAAAGGAGACAAGUGGUGACAAUGAUGACUUAUUUGUUAACACAAAUAGAGUUCAAAUCCAGACAUAUAGUGAGAGUGAUUCAAGUGAUAGUUUAAUGUGA